AUGCAGUGUGGCCGGUAUUUAUAUAAACAUCCUGAUUUUUCAGGUCAACCUCACCACCACAUAAGGGAUGCCAUGAAGAUCUUGGAUGACAAUCAUUUUGUAUGCGUGAGCAAACUUGGUUUUGGUUCCUUUGGCGACGUAUGCAAAAUGAUUGACUUAUUUGGCCGAGAAGUUGCCGUGAAAAUUGUUCCCCAAGAAGUCGCUAGGAAAAGCGAGAUUGAAAUUUGGCCAAAAUUGUCUCAUCCAAACAUUAUCCCCCUCCUCCUUAACUUCCAUAGCCCGAAUGUAGCUAUUUUUGUGAUGCCCAUUCAGCGGAACACUUUGCUACAUACUGUCCUAGACAGGCAUUUUUUUAAUCAAUCAGGUGCCCUAGGCUGCUUAAAAUCAUGGCUUCAUGGCACUCUUUGUGGUCUGAAUUAUUUGCACUCAAACGAGACCGGUCACUUGGAUCUAAAAGCAGAUAAUGUCUUGAUUUCGUAUGAUAACAGAGCUGUUAUCAGCGAUUUCACUUUCCUUGCCUCAACAUCGAAGGCAAUACCAAGAUCUGAACUUGGAUUGCCGUAUAUAUAUAGGCCUCCAGAGGCCUUCGAGAGUGAGGCAGUAGUUGAGGGCAAAGCGUUUGAUUUAUGGGCGUAUGGAAUGAUGGUUCUGGAGCUUCUUACCAACCAAGCUUUUGGCAGAACAUCAUCCUACGUCGGAAGUUGGCAAAAGGAUAUUUAUCCUAAUCUUUUUAGCCUUCUUCAGUUCAUAACGACAACAACAAAUGAUUCAAAGUGA